AUGUCGAUUCCCGACUUAGAUGCCAAUUUUUACUCGGGCCCCAUCCUGAAACACGUUGCCAAUAUCCGCCAGUCGGUGCUGGUGCCCCAUUCCAUGUCGUCAUCGUCUAUUCAUCAUUCGUUGGAAAAUGAAAAGACAUCGUACAUGAAAAACUCGCCGUCAAUGAAGGCAUUGGAGUCGAUGUUGGCCAACAAGAAGAAGCCUAAAAAUGGUGAGGAAAUCAACGAAGCUAUUGUAGAGGAGCCCAGCGAGCUGAAUGAGCAAAACCAACCAAAUGAACCAAACGAAUCGAACAAAAUGAACGAACUGAAUGAGCAGAAUGAACCUCACGAUGUUCGUGUUCAUAAACCCAAACUCGAUAAAAUCCAAGAAAAAGCUCCUUUGGUCUCUCAUAGCACCCCCAGCUUGCACGGCGGCGAAUCAUCCUCGGUGCAAUCGUUUCAAACGGCUACUUCCGUCGACAUGUCUCCGUCUAAAAACACCUCCAAGUCUGCCCGAACCGAUGGAACCGGUUCCAGCACUUAUGACGAGACGCCCGAGUUGAUCCAACCGGCUCAGUUCCACACCAUCAAGCAAACCACCAAGGACUUUUCACCGUCUAUUCGGGUCAUUUCUGCAUUCCAAGAAAGAAGAGAAUCUGCCUAUUCCGAUCAUGAUGAAACAUUGAUUGAAGCAGAACAAAAAGAAGCGCCUUCUCUCUCUCAACCAGCUUCGAGACUGAUGAUUCCCGACGAUAUACUUGAUUCGGAGUCGAAAUCAAAGACGAUCUUGGCAACAAUGGCCGCCAAGCCAACCGAGCCAAAAAAGCUUACUGAGCCAAAACCAUCCGAGCAAAAACCAGAGCUCGAGGCAAUGCAUCCAGCCGACGCUAAUCCCAGAAAACUCACCGCAUCGGCCACAUUACCACAGCUUGCUCAAAAUCCACCUCAAGAUUUCCCAACUCACACUCGCUCCAAUUCGUCGUUUUCGUUGUCUUUCAACAAAAACAAAGACCAGCCGCCCAUUCCCGGCAGACAGAGACGAAGCAGUACGUUCAGCGACUUGACGUCAAAGUUUAUCAAUUCAAAGCCUGAAGAAGAGAAGACGAAAGCGAAACCAAAACCCACCACUUCGAGACCCGAACCCACAAAGAAAAAGUUCUCGUUUAGAGCGUUGUUCAAGAAAAAGGAGCCUGCUACCAUCCCCACUUCGGCGUCUUCUCCGGCUUUGGCAAAGCCCAAUCCUGGAUCUCAAUCUUCCGGGAAAAGUAUGUUCAAGAAGAGCAAGUCAACCGACACAUUGAGCCAUUUGGAUGAACAAAACGUGGCUCGUGAGCAGCUUCGUAGGCGCAAUACAGAGGAAACCAAGACAAAUGUGUCAGCUCCAGCUGCUCCAGUAAAGAAAUUGACAGACAUUUCCAAUAUCAAACAACCACAGAAUAUCAACCAAUUGCAACUGUCAGAGAUGAACAAGCCUCAGUUUUUCAAUCCUCCUCCAAAGCAAGGGCUAAUAAGGGAAGUUAGUGACUACGAUUUGAACGAUACGUACGCGAAUUCUGAGCCUGAAGACGAAUACGAUAGGCACAAUCUCAGCAGUGAUCCUGCCACUCCAUAUAACCCCGGUCGGUUCGACCAAGAAAUGAAGCUUGACGCCGGAUUCGGGUCGCCUUUUCAAGUGGAAUACAAGUCUCCUCAGCAAGUAGAAGACGAAGCGAAAAAAGAGCACCAGCUCAACGAAGUCAAUGAUUCCAAAGAAUCUACAGAACCUGUGGAAGCCAAUGAUCUUGACCCCAACGACCCAAGUGACCAACUUCUUGGCGAAGCACUCUUUCCAAAGUCGCUCAGUGCACAGGAAGUUCAAAGUAUCGUUUCGUUGGAACGGUCUAGGUCAAUUCGCUCGGUUCGUUCGAAGCACAAUUCGUUUGCAAACUACAAUGGAAGUGACGACAAUAUUAUACAAUACACUGGGGCGAUUUCUGUCCCCAAUUCGGGCAUGACUCGUUCCGAGAGCAUAUUAAAGCGGGCCAAAGAGCAACACCUUUCGACUCCAUCUCCCAAAAAAGCCAAGUCUCCGUCGUUGACUCCCGAGGGAACAUCCGACUUGAAUAAUUUCAUUGAGUUUUCGGACUAUAUCGACUUUGACAAAUUGGAUUUCCAGCUUUCACCAAGUCGAAACUCGAGUUACCAGCCAUCGCCUACACCUCCCGCAGCAGAGACACCAGUUCGUCAAGCUUCGCCCCAAGCUUCUCCUCGUCAAGUUUCGCAUCAAGCAUCACUUCAAGCUUCGCCUAUUAUCAUCUCGUCAUCGGCAUCGGUGGAGUCACUUGCAGAGAUUCCAAAGCCUGUUUCGGUUGUCGUUACACCAGCUGAACCAGAACCAGAACCAGAACCAAAACAGCUCAAACCAGCUGCUAUUGUGGUUUCAGAUCAUGUGGAGGAAGAGUACAACGGUCCUCUUACGCCCAAUCUCGAGACCAUUGACUCGUUCAAAUUGCCGUCGCCAACGGCUCUGCCCGAGGAAGUGGCCGUAGUGCCAAGAACCAACGACAAGCCAUCGGGAGCUCGUCCUAUUUCCAUGUCGUUUCGUGGACUUCGAGGUCCCAAUUUUGGCGAGAAACUCACGAUGCACGAAGUCAGAUCAAGCGAGUCUCACCAACUGUUCAACAUUUCGUUUGGCGACGACUCGAACGAGUCUGGAGUGGGCGACGGGUUUGGAGGCUCUUCCGACGAACUGGAGCUGGAGCUGGAACUGGAACUUGAAAAUGAUAAAGAGAAUAUUCCGCUUGUUCUGGCUGUACCCCCCAAGCCUCUGUUCAUCCACAAGAAAAUAUCGCUGUGGGGCACCACAGACUCACAGUCCAGUCCUUCGUCUAUGAAUUCGUUCAUCACCCGCACAUUCAAAAGGUCUCCCAAGGUUAAUAAUGCCGUACCUCAGUCUCCGGCCGGAGUUCGGUUUUCUUCCCGAAUUAUUCUCUACGAUACCUACAACGGCGACGACUACGACAGGCAUCCCGACACCGCCACAUGUAACCAAUUGACCCCGGCACUUGCUCAGAUGAUCAAGGAAGAGCUCAACCAGGUGAAGAGCGAGAUGGAGGUGCAUGAGGAUCUGCGAUGCUACACCCAUUUUUUCUAG